CUUAACUCCAAUGUUCUUUCUUUUACCUAGGUACCUAUAUAGCAAAAUCGUUGGUUCAUGAUUGUCAGGAAGGCAAGACAAUUGUCCGGAUACUACCAUUAUUUGAUGAACAUCUACUUUAAAAAUUUACUACGCUUGAAUGCAGAUAGACAAUAGUGUAGUUGGCUUACUCUGUCUUCUGGUGUUGGAGCUCAGCCCGCCAUUUACGAGUUGAUAAGACACCAAGGAUGAUCUCAGAGGUUUUGUUUGAUAAUAGUUUUGCAGAUCGUUUGCUCUCUGUAGAUGAGUUCCAUUGUGGAGUAAUGAUAGGCGGACGGUUUGGUUCCCAGGAGUGCUUGUUCUUACCCAUUGACAUUCCAAAAGAUGACACUUCAGUCGAUCCAUCCCAUCGAUCUGUUUCGCCCCGUAUGAUUGAGGAUUUAAGCGAAAAAUGGAUUGCGUCACAUUGUAGAAAUCUUGCGCGGAUGAUUCCAGGGGGUGUUCACAUAAGUGGGAUUUGUCUGACUGUCCCUUAUGGCGAAUUCAACGGUCAUACUAAUCACAUUCAGAAAAUUCUCUCUCAUAUAUCGCGGGAUGACACACCCAUGAACAGGUUUAUUUGUCCAAAAAGUACAGAAAAAUUAGUGUUGGUGGCUGACCCCAAAACAAAAAAAUUUCAAUGCAAGGCUUCUGCUGCAGAUGGAUCUAAUAGUCAAUUUCGAACAGUGGAAGUAAAGAUUCGCCCAUUCAUUGAUCGAUGGGUAUCAUUCAAAACACAUAUACUACUGUCUUUGGAGACUCACUUACCAUCUGAUCGGAAAAAAGAGAAAAUCUUGUAUCAGCUUCAGGUAUUCACAAUUAUUUUUAACGCUGCUGUCGAACCUUACCUUCAAUCCUUGGUUACCGAAACACAGUUGCUGAUCAAUGGCGAAUUGCAUCAAGCUGAUGAAAAAUUACUAAAAGAUAUAGAUUUUUCUGUACCCCUUGAUGCUGACAUCCAAACCAAAAAGAACAAAAAAUCGUCCAAGUCAAAGCGUUAUGAUUUACCUCUUAAUGUAGAUCACUCCUUAGUUACUUCGGCGGGGAGUAAGAAAUAUGCGAUUGCCAAGGGGUCCGUUAGUCCAGCUUUUACCCCACUUGAUAUAGUAAUUUUCGGACCACAGUUUCCUCAAUGGCAGCGUGCAAGUUCGUCAUCGUCACUUGAAUCUGGUGCUAGUUCGGAUACAAAUAUGAAUAAUGGAAAUGAUACUAAUGAUUCUUCAGGUAGUUUCGUUCCCAUUAAUCGCUUGUUAAUCAAUGGCCGAAUUCCUGGAAUUGCGUUUUUACCAGCUAAUUCAAGUGUUGGAGACUUACUCGAGGCAUUACGGAAUGAUCUUGUACGGAGUAUACUAACACGACUACAACUUUUAACAGAAGAGUUACACAUUACCAGUGCUGAACUGGAAGUUCCUCGUAUGUUGCUACCUCAACGGGUAUUAGUUCGACUUCCUGCUUGUCCUACACUACCAUUGUCCGAUUAUAAAUUUUUGUCAGAAACUGCUGAAGAUGUUGUAAAUCGUUUGGUUUACUUCUGUUUACCUCUUGGAACUACUCCCACUAUUCCCACAGGGGAGGGGAUUACCUCCGAUACCACUGGUCUAAGAAAUUCUGUUUCUGAAAUUGAGGUGUUGCCCUCACAUGAUCGUAUAGAUGCGUCGUGCCUGGAUACUACUUUGGAAAAAAGUCCUGAACUUAGUGCUGAUGAUGAAUUUUCUGAAUCUGAAUUGAUAGAUGAAGUGGUUGAAUCCGUUCCUGUUUCUAGUCCAUUCACACUGUACAAUCCUAUCAUACUGGUUAUCAGCAUAAUUGUUUUGAUUAUAGCUAUUCUAUUAGCGUAUUACUUCGUUACACAAUCAUACCAAUCAAAAGAUUUCAUACCUCCACCAUUGCCGAAGGAAAUGUGAUCGUCAAUCAAACCCCAUUAUUACUAAUAUUAUUAUUUUAUUCUACAAAUAUAAACAAAAUUAUCAUCCAUUUUCCAACAAUUUACUCUAUAUCUAAUAAAAUGUGUAACUUCAUUUAUUUUGAUAUGUCCAACGAUUCAACCCAUCAUUUCUGUAUUUAUUUCUAAUUAUUAUUCAGUUAUUUGUGUAUUUGAUAAAGAGUUAAACAGAAGAAAUUUUCCAAAAUUAUUUUUCUCUUUCGCUUUUCAUAUGUCAUAUACACACGAAUAGGUCGAAAUGCUCACAAGUUUAUUUUGUUCAAUCUGUGCUGUGAGCUGAACUGGUUUCCUUAUUGUUAUUAAUUUUUAUAUUGUAAAUUUUUUUUACCCUUCUCCUCUUUUUAAAAGUAGAAGUUGCGCAUAAUGACAAAAAUGCAGUGUGUUGUAAAAGGUAAAUUUAUUGUCCAGUCAGUGUGUAAAAACUACACUGGUGAUUUUUUUCUCAAAUAAUAUAUACAAACGAGUAUAUUUCAUAUUUUCUUGGCAUGACUAUGUAUGUGUGCGUAUACCUGUGUACGUUCGUAGAUAAAAGAUUGCGUCACUCUUCUGUUUUUAUUGGGAUUGACUUAGCACAGUUACAAGGAUUACUAUUUGGUAUACCUUGAUUCAUAUUCAUAUUUUCCACUUUACUAGGUAAAUUUCUCAACUGAAAGUCCUCUAUAAGUACAUACACACAAACUUACACCCUUAACUACAUAUUGUGUCAUUUUCUUGUACAAAAUGAAAUUCUUUGUGUUUGCUUGAUUAACAAACAAAACCUUUGGACAAAAAAGAGUGAACGAUUUUUAUGUUUAAUUGUUAAUAUCAUUGUUAUUAUCAGUUUUAAAGUUGUUUAUUUACAUUAUUUUCGAGUGAUAAACUGAUCCUAUUUAAUCUACUGGCUUUUUAUUUUUAAUAUGAAUUAUAUUUGAAUUGUUUGUUUAUAAAUAUGCGCGUGUGUUCGCGCCAUAGACUGUUGAGUAGUUGUUACAUGUUAUUUUUUUAAAGAUGGAUACUCGUUUUACUGUCUAGUGUUUUGCGGAAGAUAAUAGAUAAAGCAGAUCCAAAGGAAAAAGUGAAAUAAAAACACUUCAUUUGUAGUUUCUUUUUUUAAAUUUCUCUGUUGCAUUGUGUUUGUCUGUUCAAGAUUAAUAUUCUUUCUUUUGGAAUGAUUGACAGAUGAUAAUGUGUGUAUUGGAUUUAAUGUGAAUUUUGUUGAUGAUUUACAAGUUUUUCUGGAGUUUUUUCUUAUGUAACGUAACUGAUUAUUUAUCGUUAGUUGUCUUCCCAGUUUAUUGGAUGUCUACCUAAACCACCAUUCAUCACACAGCCCAGAUAUUAGCCAUUUUUAUGGUAUAUACUCUGUAGUCAGUCAUUUGACCUGUUAUAACAUCUAUAUUUUUGACUUAAUCAACACAGUAGUUACAACUAAUGGAUAUUCUACUGUGAUGUACAAUGUCCAUCAUAUGAUGUGAUUUCUAAUCUGGUUGUGCUACAGUAACAAGUGUGAUCAUUCAUCUGUCACUAUGUCUUCAUGUCAACAUGAAAGGAAUGCUAUUUUUGGAUUUGAUAACAAGAGAAAAAGUUUGAAGUUAUUUCUUUAUUAAAAGAAAAGGAGGUUUAUUACAAGAUACAUAUAUUUCAAUUACUUAAUUAGUGA